AUGGCUCCAAAUUUCGACAUAGCAGGCAAAGUAAUUGCAGUUACUGGCGCAGCGGGAGGAAUAGGCUACGCAUGCGCAGAGCUCUUCCUCUCCCAAGGAGCAAAAGUCUCCCUAGCAGACAUAUCCGAAAGCGGUCUCCAAGAUACAGUAGAGAAACUAGCCUUCGCAGGAUAUCUAGGGAAUAUAUUCGCGCAAGUCAUAGACGUUAGAAAAUCGAAGGAAGUGGACGACUGGAUCGCCAAGACUGUGGAGAAAUUCGGGAGGUUAGAUGGAGCGGCCAAUAUGGCGGGUGCGGUUCCGAAUUCUUUCUCUAUCGGGGCCGCUGAGGACUUGAAUGAGCCUGAUUGGAAUAUAAGCAUUGAUGUUAAUCUGACGGGAGUUAUGCAUUGUAUGAGAGCUCAGCUCAAAAACAUGAAUAAUAAGGGAAGUAUUAUCAACGCAGCAAGUGUAGCUGGAAAUGUCGGAGGGCCUAAGAAUGCAGCAUAUAUAGCUGCAAAGCACGGCGUUGUUGGCCUAACGCGAGUAGUAGCCAAGGAGGUUGGCGAACGAGAGAUAAGAGUCAAUUGCAUAGCUCCUGGUGGUAUCGACACUUCUAUGGACAAAGAGUGCGUAAGUCUUGCCGGAAGCGAACUAGAGGAGCUUUCGUCGCCAAUCAAUCGGAAAGGGUUGCCUAAAGAAGUUGCCCAGUUGGUGGCGUGGUUGCUCUGUGAUGCCAGCUCAUACAUCACCGGCACAGUUCAGGUAAUCGACGGAGGCCUCACUUGCUAG